AUGUAUUCACCCACACAUCAGUCUUUUAAUCUUGAAGGCGAUCAUCCAUUUUCACCGACACCUGGGACAAGUACAAGUAGUCCACACACCACCGUUGGUGCUGUUCCUGUUGCACGAAACAGUCGGCUUUUCAACCCACCACCACCUUCCUCAUCGUACCAGUUACAUCACCAUCAACGACAGGGUAGCUUUGGUGCAGCUGCCUCCAUUGCAAUGAGUCCACCGGGUGGGCGUGGUAUUCCUUUUGGUGACCCCAAUAAUGCUCAAAACUGGUUUGGAACCAGCCUCGAUUCUACAAGCUCUUCCUUUGGCCAAUCGCCUAUCUUUAAUGGCCGUGAUUUGGUUGUUUCACCUUCUACUUCGACCAGUCAUAUCGAUGGAUUCACAGGCGAAGAAGAUGAAGCGCAGCAGCGAAAUCUCCAAGAGAUCUUUGAAAAACGUCGACGGCGUCGUGAAUCACAUAAUGCGGUUGAAAGAAGACGACGAGAUAAUAUCAACGAACGUAUCCAUGAGCUAUGCACAUUGCUACCCGAGCAUUUGUUGGAGACAGCGCCUACCAGUUCCAAUGUAAUGACGGUUUCAAGUAAUCAAGGUACCCCCGGCAACAACACGCGAGCUAUCAACAAAGGGACGAUUUUGAAAUUAUCGGUCGAUCACAUCAAGGAACUACAAGGAGAAUUGUCACGGUACCAGGAUCGGGUCAGAGACCUUGAGCAGAUGAUUGAGGAUCUAAAAAGUGGUAAAAUGCCUGCCAUGAUGCAUCAUCCUCAUCCAGCACCAGCACCAGCACCUUCUCAAAGCAGCAACAGACUCCCUCCACCGCCACCUAAUGAACAACAGCAUCAACAAGACCACCACCCUCCUAUUCAUCUCACUCACGACAAUACAAGGUUCCAACAACAAUUCGGAAACCUUCACAUUUCUCCAGAUCAGCUGACUCGACACUCGUGA